GUUUCUCUAUUUCCAUUUCCCUCUCCCAAGUCCCAACCACCUCCCGUGCGAACUCCAUGGAACCUCCUCCUGAUCCUGCUGCUGGUCCUCUUCCGGCGCCACCGCAGCCCCAUGAGACUACGCUCACGCUCACUCUAGCGCUAUCCCCUCCUGCGCUGAUCCCGCCGAAGCCGCGGCCGCGGAGGCCGAGGGCCGAAGGCGGCGCCAGCCCCAGGUCGCGAUUCUCGCUCACCGGUGACACGCCUCCUUGCAGUGAGUGCGGAAAGUGCUUCCCUUCAGCAAAGGCGCUCUUCGGUCACAUGCGCUGCCACCCGGAGCGCCCGUGGCGCGGGAUCACGCCUCCGUCGUCGCCGCACUCUCGCCACGGCGCCGCCGCCGGGCAGUUCACCGUGCAGGAGCGCGACGUCGCCAACAGCCUCCUGAUGCUCUCUGGCGCGCGGACCGGCGCUGGUAAAGGAAAGAAGAUCGUUAAUGUUUCUGCCAUUACUCCUAGCGCGACGACGGAGAGCUGCGGCACGUCGGCGUCUGCGGCGCCAACGGGGCAGGUCAACUUCGACGACCACAAGUGCAGCGUCUGCGACCGCGGGUUCGCCAGUGGGCAGGCGCUCGGCGGUCACAAGCGGUGCCACUGGGAUAAGGCUUGCGCGGGGGUGGUGGUGAUCGCUACCACUCCUGCCGGCAGCGGCGCGUCUCCAGUGUCGUCGUCGGAGGCGGCAGUGCUAGACCUCAACCUGCCACCGUCGCCGAGACUAGGGACACUUCCGGUGCUGAAGAGCGACCAAGGAAGCAGCCUGAACGACAUGCUGGAUUUGAAGCUUGGGUAUUAGGAUUUACGGCUAGCUGGCUGAUCGAGUUUCAGAGCCUCACUAUGCAUGCUAACUAUAGUAGCUACGUUUGAUGUGUGUAUGAAUGUAUGUAUGUAGUGUAUAUCUGUAUAUUGAUGUCUGCUUGGUUUAGGUGUGCUGAUUCAGAAAGGACGUUUUCUAAUCUUUCUGAAUCGACUUUCGGUUGCUUAAGUUGAAGUAUGUGAUAUGUACUAAGUGUAAAAUACCCAGCUGUACGUGUGUAUAAAAUAGUGAUGUAUAUGUGUGA